CAAUGGGUGUUACCAUACACACUGUAAUGAGAGUGAUCACUUAAGGUGAGCUAUUAAGCAGGAGAGCGGGGGGGGGAAGGGGGGGGUAGGGACUUUUGUAGUGAUAAUCAAGGUGGGCCAUUUCCAGCAGUUGACAAGAACGUCUGAGGAACAGUGGGGGGUGGGGGGGGGGUGGGGAAUAAACAUGGGGAAAUAGUUUUACUUUGUGUAAUGGCCCAUCCACUCCCAGUCUUUAUUCAAGCCUAAGUUAAUUGUAUCCAGUUUGCAAAUUAAUUCCAAUUCAGCAAUCUCUUGUUCGAGUCUGUUUUUUGAAGUUUUUUUUGUUGAAGAAUUGCAACUUUUAGGUCUGUAAUCGAGUGACCAAAGAGAUUGAAGUGUUCUCCGACUGGUUUUUGAAUGUUAUAAUUCUUGACGUCUGAUUUGUGUCCAUUUAUUCUUUUACGUGGAGACUGUCCAGUUUGGCCAAUGUACAUGGCAGAGGGGCAUUGCUGGCACAUGAUGGCCAGUAUAGUUAUGCCAGCUAGACUCACCCCUGUUUAGUACUCUCUUCAGCUCAAGCAGUGUGUUUCAGGUUCCUGCUGGCACUGCCAGUCUGACGUGCCUUCUCUAGCUUGUCAGAUUGGGUUUAUAUCUGCUGGUGAACCACAGCGCCACUCAUUAGACUGAUUCCUAGGCUGGUGAACCACCUGUGGUUCAUUAAUUUUAUACCAGUGUAACUCCACUGAUUUCACUGGGGUUGUUCCUGAUUUACCCUGGUACAAGUGAGGAGAGAAUCAGGCAUAGGCACCGACUCUGUCAGUGCUCCAGGGCUCAAGCACUGAUGGAAAAAAAUAGUGGGGGUGGUCAACACCCACCAGCCACAGCUGUUCAGCUGGGCUGCCAUUCAGCUAUUCGGCAGCUGGCAUAGGGCCUCGGGGGGAAAGGGUGGAGCAGGGACAGGAAGAGGCAGAGCGAGGGUGGGGCAUGCGUGGCAUUAUGGAUGGCUUUGCACAAAUGGGCUUCCUUAACUGUGGAGGGAUGAUAGAUGGCACACAAAUUCCAAUUCUGGCACCAGACCACCUAGCCACCGAGUAUAUUAAUGGGAAGGGGUAUUUCUCAAUGGUUCUUCAGGCUCUUGUAGAUCACCAUGGGCGUUUCACAGACAUUAACGCAGGCUGGUCCAGAAAGGUCCAUGAUGCAUACAUCUUUCGGAAUACUGACCUGUUCAGGAAGCUGCAAGCAGGGACUUUCUUCACGGACCAGAAGAUCACUGUAGGGGAAGUCAAAAUGGCCAUUGUGAUCCUGGGAGACCCCGCCUAUCCCUUAAUGCCGUGGCUUCGAAAGCCAUACACAGGGCAUUUUGACAGCAGCAAGGAGCAGUUCAACAACAGGCUGAGCAAGUGCAGAAUGACUGUUGAGUGUGCUUUUGGCCGUUUAAAGGCCCACUGGCACUGCCCAUAUGGGAAGCUGGACCUGGACGAUGUCAAUAUUCCUAUGCGUAUAACUGCGUGCUGUACGCUCCAUAAUAUUUGUGAAGGGAAGGGUGAAAGCUUCACUCAGGGCUGGACUGCUGAGGCUCAGCGCCUGGAGGCUGAAUUUGAACAGCCAGAGACCCGGGCUAUUAGAGGGGUGCAGUGCCGAACCAUAAGGAUCAGGGAUGCCUUGAGGCAGCAAUUUGAAGCUGAAAGCCACUAAUAUUUGUUGCUGUGCUCAGGAGUGUAGUGCUUGUAGUGGUAGGAGGUGAUUGUAAUUGGUGCAGACGGAAGCAAUAUGAAGGUUUAAGAUAGUUGUCUGAUGCUUUGCAGGCUCUGUUUGCUUUCAAUUAAUAGAAUAAAGAUUUGCUUUCAAACCAACACAAUUCUUUUAUUAAAAAGCAACUGGAGGAGAGAGACAGACAAAAAUACACAUCCGCACUGAGGAGGUUGGGGGAGGGGAAGGUUCCAGGAGGAGGUGGGGGAUGGUUAAAGAUUUCUGUAUGUCCAGGGGUCAUAUCCAACCUUCUCCUUUGGAGUACAGUGCAACGGGUACUGUACUUCAGCAGGGCUAAAUUACAGAGGGAUGGGUGUUGAGUGCAGUGUGUACUGGGAGUCCACAGUGCUGGACUGUGACGGGGCAGGAGUGGAAUGCUGCGGGUACAGACUGGAGCCAGGAGGCUGACAAGAGUAUGUUGGCGGUGUCUGGGGGGCGCAUGGGAGAGAGUUUUGCGACUGCAGCUGCAGGGGAGGGCAUGCGCGUAGCUGCUCGGUUUGCAGUGCUAGUAUCGCCUGAAGUGUGUCUGUUUGGCGCUUCAUAAUGUUUAAGAGCUGCUCCGUGGCUUCAUUGUGGUGUACCGAGUUCUCCUUUCGGUCCCUCUUCUCGCUGUCCCACCACUCCUUCAAUUCCUGUUUUUUGGCCGCGGAGUGCAUCAUAACCUCACGGAGAAAGUCCUUUUUAGUUCUUCAUGGCUGCUUUCUAAUUCUGCACAGCCAUUCGGCCGUUGAUAACAAAGAGGGAGGCUGGGCUCCCAAGGUCAUCUCUGUGAAGCUAAAACGCAACAGUUUACAGAAGCAGUAUUGUUUGCAACAGACAGAACACUGAUUCAGUGAUUUAAAGAACAGCCACUAUUCACAUACCUGUCACUAACUGGCUGAUCCCAGGCAAGCACACAUGAGCCGCAAGACCACCAAAAUGGCUGUGUUCAUUAUGGAAGAUACCGCGCUGCUGAGGGUGAGCAGGGAAUGAAGGGAGGGUCUUCUCCAAGCCUGCGGUUUCCGCCCUGGCCCCUAUGCAACUCAGCUGUGUGCAACAAUGGUUCCCCUGCCUCCCCCCAGCUCCCUCCUGUGACGGCAGAGUGGCGCGGGAAAGUUACCAUUAAUGGGGCAAGAAACAGCAGCUCUGCGAAAGAACCUGUGGCAGUGAAUUGCCCAGUAUCUCCAUGAGAGUUUCCUGGAGAUCUGAGGCAGAUUCCAAUAAAGUGAGGGAGUCAAUCAACACCCUGUUCCAUCACUUAGACUAGGCAUAUGGUGGUGUGCGCAUCAUACAGACACAAGCCUGCUUUCUGCAACUCUCCUGCCCCCAACAACUCGCUUCAGCAAUUCCCAAAAUCAAAUCCACUUACCAUGGGCCUCCUCUCUUGUAUGCGCUUUGCCAAGAUCUGACAGCUGUGACUGGAUAGCCUCUGCCGGGGUUGAGAAGAGCUCUUGGCUGCAUGCAUCUCUGACCUCCGAUUCGUCCUCUGCCUCUGGGUCCCCCUCCACAUCCUCAUCCAAGAUUUUCUCCUCCUGGAUCGGUCCAAUCUCAACUGGCAUUCGAGCCACCAAAGUAUCCACAGUGGCCUUCGCAGUGGAGGUGGGGUCGUCACUGAGUAUCGCGUCCAGCUCUUUGUAGAACCGGCAGCUUGUGGGCGCAGCACCGGAGUGGUGGUUUGCCUCCCAUGCCUUGUGGAGUCUGGCACAGUGACCUUUCAGCUUUAAAGAUCAGAGGAAAGGGGAGAAAGAAGUGACUGCAUGAAGGAGCAAGAGUAUCAGAGAGAGAACACCUCUAGCAGUGCAGCUUGUGGAGGAGUGUAGAGUAACUUAGACAGCUAAAAGAUGACAACUCUACCAAGGAUAGCAAAAUCUAAAGCAAAACCACUGGUAUCAGAAGAAGAAGAUGAUGAGUUACCCUCCUUUCUUAAAUCCUCCUCUGAAUCAGAGGAGGAAGAGGAGGAGUGGGAACCAAAAAGCAAAGUGGCAAGUAAACGUAGGCUGCCAAAAAAACCUGAGUCAAAACCUAAAAAGGCUGCUGCUCCACGGUCAACUGUGGUUAGGAAAAGGACCAGGAAGACAGCAGUAAAAGAGGAGCCGAAUGUAUCUUUGCCUAUUGCUGCUGAUGAAGACAGUAAAGAUGGACUGAAACUUUUACAUCCUAAAGAAGAGACAGACCCCAAACCAAAAACUAGAACUAAAAAGCCAAAAAUGCCUCAGGGAACAAAAAUAAAUGUUAUUCAAGGAAAGAUGGAUAACUUAGAUAGUGAUGAAAUACCCUCAACAAGUGCACCUUUGAUGGAAAAUGAAGUAAAGCAGGAGAAAUAUGAAGAAGAUUUUACAUUUGAUGAACCCCCUUUAAAAAGGAUAAAAUUGACAACACUUCCUCAAGGAAAACCAGUAAAACAUCCUGGAAGCACCAAGCACCAAGAGGAAUUAGAAAUGAACUGGGACAUUGUGCAGGUCCUGUCAGAAAGAACAAAUAUUGAACCAUGGGUAUGUGCAAACAUAAUUUGCCUUUUCCGUGAUGAAAACACAAUUCCAUUCAUUGCCCGGUAUCGAAAAGAGCUUGUCAAUAAUCUGGAAGCUGACGCCUUGCGAGAAGUACAGCAAACACUGGAAGAACUACGUACUGUUGCGAAGAAGACACAUGUAACAAUACAGAAGAUAAAGAAAGAAGGAAAGCUAUCGGGAAGUCUAUUAACAGCCUUAUUAAACUGCAAAACUUUGGAUGAAUUGGACCAUGUGUCUGCACCAUAUAAAACUGGAAGUAAAGGCACCAAAGCCCAAAGGGCCAAACAACUGGGAUUAGAACCUGCGGCCAUAUCUCUCAUUGAAAACCCAGUAGAACUCAGUCUGUUUUCUUACAUUAAGCCUAAUGUCAAAGGACUUACAACCAUUCAGGAAGUAGAGGCUGGAGUACAACACAUCCUUGCUGACAUGUUUGCUAAAGAUAAGGAUACACUGGAUUUCAUCAGGGUAUUAUGUCAGCAAAGGUACAUAUGUAUCCAGUCAGCCUUGGCAAAAGUGUCAUCAAAAAAUGUAAAUGAGAAAGAUGUUAACAAAUUCCAACUGUACCAGAAUUUUUCUUGCAAUAUUAAGAACAUUCAGCAUCACCAGAUUCUGGCCAUUAACCGAGGGGAAAAUCUGAAGAUCCUGACAGUGAAGGUCAACGUUCCUGACGGGGUGAAGAAUGAAUUCUGUAGGUGGUGUGUCAAUGAAAGGUGGAGACCAAAACGCUAUGCAAAACCAGAGUUAAUGAAGAUAUUGCAUAAUUCGGUGGAAGAUUCAUAUAAACGUCUUAUUUAUCCGCUCCUCUGUAGAGAAUUCAGAUCAAAGUUAACAUCUGAUGCAGAGAAAGAAUCUAUAAUGAUGUUUGGAAGAAAUCUUCGACAGUUGCUUCUGAUGAGCCCUGUGAGAGGACGUACUAUGAUGGGAGUUGAUCCUGGGUACAAACAUGGCUGCAAGCUGGCUAUCAUUUCACCAACCAGUCAGAUACUCCAUACUGAUGUUGUCUACUUGCAUUCUGGACAAGGAUUCCGUGAAGGUGAAAAGAUAAGGAGACUUCUUCUGCAUUACAACUGCAGCACUGUUGUGAUAGGCAAUGGGACUGCCUGCAGGGAGACAGAAGCUUACUUUGCUGACUUAAUUAUGAAAAAGUACUUUGCACCCUUGGAUGUUGUAUAUUGCAUUGUCAGUGAAGCGGGAGCAUCUAUCUACAGUGUUAGUCCAGAAGCUUCUAAAGAGAUGCCAGACCUAGAUCCUAACCUAAGAAGUGCAGUUUCCAUAGCUAGACGUGUACAAGACCCAUUAGCUGAGCUAGUGAAAAUUGAGCCCAAGCACAUUGGAGUUGGAAUGUAUCAGCAUGACGUCUCACAGACUUUGCUCAAAGCAACUUUGGACAGUGUGGUUGAGGAGUGUGUCAGCUUUGUAGGAGUAGAUAUUAACAUCUGCUCAGAAAUACUAUUAAGACAUAUUGCAGGACUGAAUGCUAAUAGGGCUAAAAAUAUAAUUGAAUGGCGAGAAAAGAACGGACCAUUUAUAAGUCGGGAACAGCUCAAGGAAGUUAAAGGACUGGGUCCAAAAUCCUUUCAACAGUGCGCUGGAUUCAUCAGGUUUAACCAAGAAUACAUAAGAACCUUUUGCAGCAAUCAGCAAACUAAGCUUGCAGCAGAAGGUCAUGCACUUAUGGCUAAAGCAGAUGUUCAAGUCACAAGCGAAAAACAGGGCAAAAAAAAGAGGAAUCCAGCAGCAAACAUUGUAGUAUGGCCAAAUCCUUUGGACCAAACUUGUAUCCACCCAGAGUCAUAUGACAUUGCAAAGAGGUUUUUAACUUUCAUUGGAGGAAACCCAAAUGAUAUAGGAAAACCUGAUAUGCAACAAAAAGUAAAUGCUGUAAUUCAAAAAGAAGGAAUAGAAGGAGCAGCAAAAACACUAAAUACAACAGUACAUACACUGCAAAUAAUCAUUGAUGGUCUGACUCAACCGGAAGGCUUUGAUUUCCGAACAGAUUUUGAGAAACCUGAUUUCAAGAGAAGCAUAGUUUGUCUUGAAGACUUGAGCAUUGGCACUGUUCUGACUGGAAAAGUAGAGAACGCUACUCUCUUUGGAGUUUUUGUUGAUAUUGGUGUUGGUAGGUCAGGAUUGAUUCCAAUUCGGAACAUAACAGAAACAAAACUUUCUAAAGCCAAGAAGAGAAGAAGUCUUGGGUUGGGCCCUGGAGAAAGAGUGGAAGUUAAAGUACUCAAUAUUGAUAUCCCUCGAUCAAGGAUAACGUUGGACCUUCUUCGUGUUUUAUGAGUUUUUCACUGCUGAUAAGAAUUUUAUUUCUUUUUAAAAGGUUAAAUGUUGUCACCAAGAUUCUAAAGGUUGCAGUUCAAGCAUUUACUGAGUAUACUGGAAAUGAGGGAUUAAUUCAACUUUUGAAAUCUUCAGUUUCACUUUUUAAUUCCAGAAGCUUUUCCAGAACUCUGUAAGCUCCCUCCCCUUAACAGUAACUUUUACACCGGCCCUGAAGUGGCUUUCACUCUCUUCUUAGGACAAACACCUUCUUUUUGCAGAAUAAGUGAUUUCUCAAUACAGAUCUCUACCUGUUUUCUCCUGUGCAAGAUUUGCUCUCUCAAUCCACCUUUGGUCUGUGCUGCUCCAGCAGACUCAGCCAUGUUCUUUCAUACAUAAAAACACCACUUGAUUGGUCUGUUUCCAUGCUGUUUUCUUAAGGAAGCUUAAAAGUGGACCUUUGUGGUAGCUAAAAUAGAAGCUUAAAAAUGCCCUCUGCUUAGACUAAAAUCUGGAUAUAAUGGUAAUAGUAUUAUUGGAUCCGAAAUUUGCUGUUUUUAUUUGAGCUACCGUGUAAAGUUGUUGGUUUUUUUUUAUUGCUCGGGCAAUUAUUAUAUUAAUUAACACAGUGAGGUACCUCUAAUUUGCUCAAAAAGUUGCAAAAGCAUUUUGGUUUACUUUUUUAUGUACCUGUACAUAAUAAAAAUCUUUGACCUAUU